AUGGCAGAAAGAUUCAGCAAAUUAAACGAUAGAGAGCGACGCAAGAAAAGCACAAACCUUUCUCUGUUUCUGAAUAAGAAGACCCUCAAAGAGAAGAAGACAUCUUUUGAUAUCAAGGACAACAAUUUCUCUGAGAAAGUAUUGGAGAUGGAGGCUUCGUUAGAGAGUGCUCUACGGCAACAUCAGAGCAAAGUUUCAGUCAUUCUCUAUAACCAUGACAACGGUAGCUUCUACCAACUCCCUCACUCUGUUUCUAGCUUUGACCCAUCGAUGAGUACGGCUUUACUUGGAGCACAAGGACUUUGUCUAAGAAGUAACGACUCGGAUCUUCCCAUGGUGUUUCCUCCUCAGAUUCAGACACAAACCCCACCACUUGUCCACUUUGAUCAGUUUGCGGGGUGGAAUCAAACUCCGUCGUCUUUUGCUGAUCCAAUGAUGUUCUCUUAUUACAGUUGA